UCGAUUCCAAAUUGUUUAUUUGUCCGUGUGUAUGUGAGAGACAAGUGAUGCGCGUUCGCCGAGAGUGAAAAUUAUUAACUGCGCAAACGCAAACGCGUUUCCUGGACAAACCGAUCCAAACAAAGGCCGAGUUGGUCACAGCACCCCUCAGCCUGCACCACUGCAUCAACCAUAAUGUCGUCGUCGUUGCUGAUAUCCUCGCUGCUGCUUGUUUCGCUGCUGACGUCGCGGCUCGGAGCAAUUCCGGUUUUGCCCCCCGCUUAUCCCGCACAUCCCUCGCCAGGCGUGCGAAUUCUUCGCGCGCCUGAAUCACUGGUGGCGCCCCUGGGAGACGAGGUGGUGCUGGAGUGCGAGACCAGUUUGCAGCCCGAGCGCUUCGAAUGGAGCUUUCGACGCUGGAAUGCCACCACUGGCCGUGGGUCUCCAGGAGCCGGGUUCAAGCACCUGCGCACGGGCACGGCCAAGACGAAUGUGACCCAGGAUGCGGCCAUCUCCCGCCUGAGGAUUCUCGUCCGGCCAGACACUCUAGGCGAGUACAGAUGCAUUGGCUGGAUCGGUCCACUGGUAGUAACAUCCACCGCAGCCCGCCUUGAGCUGGCCAGCACUCGACUGGUGGGCCCAAAAUCCUCUCUGCAAUGGCGUGUGUCCACUGGGAACUCGGUGUUCUGGUCCUGCGGCCAACAGGUUCAGUCGAAUCCUGCGGCGAGUUGGACCUACUAUCAGAAUGGUGUGGAAAUUAGGCCGGAGUAUGUAGCAAGCAAUGGCAAUCUGGUCUUGAGCAAUGUUUCCGCAGAGUCAGCUGGUACGUAUGGCUGCCAGGCCACGAAUCCGGCUUCAGGAGCAAGAACGGAAUUGCCGAGCUCCCUGGAAUUGCAGAUCAUAUCAUUUGAGAGAUCACAGAGCCAGGCACCACACAUUCUCAACGGACAACCGGCCGGAUUCCAAACUGUUACUGCCCGGGAAGGAGGCACCGUGCUGCUGUUGUGCCCUGGGAUUGGUUCUCCAGCUCCAACUGCCAUUUGGAGCAGUCCCGAUGUCGCUGGAGUCAUCAAUAAUGAGCGCACUAAAGUAUUGACUCAUUCUUUGGAAAUAACCAACGUUCAGGUUCGGGAUGCAGGUACAUAUAUCUGCUUCCUGGACAACGGCAUACGCCCAGCUCUGAAGCACUCCAUCCGACUGCGGGUAGAGCAGCCGCCGCAGAUUGUGCGUUCACCUUGGGCGGAUCUCACCAACGAGGGCGAACGCAUUCGGCUGGACUGUGAGGCGACAGGAGUGCCAGCUCCAGAGAUCUACUGGCUGUUAAACGGGGAGAGCAGCAUCUAUGACACAGAGGCUGAGCUGGCGAGCAAUGGUUCCCUGGUGCUACACAGUGUCCUUAAGCGGCAUGCCGGCUAUGUCCAGUGCUUUGCCCGGAACACCCUAGGCGAGCAUAGUGCCGGAACGCUGCUGCAGGUUAAUCCGAAGCAGAUCCAGAGUGAGCCCCGUGAAGCGGCAGUAGGAUCUGCUCACCGUUCUCAUUCAAAGCCUAAUCACAGCCGAAAGCAACAACAGCAGAUGAUCCCACCGUCGCCCCCGAAUGUGACACGACUUUCUGAUGAAUCUGUAAUGCUCCGUUGGCUAGUGCCCCGCAAUGAUGGGCUGCCCAUCGUCAUUUUCAAAGUGCAGUACCGCAUGGUUGGUGAAGGCAAGCGGAAAAACUGGCAGACAACUAACGAUAACAUACCUUACGGGAAACCCAAAUGGAAUUCGGAGCUGGGUAAGAGCUUCACAGCAUCGGUGACGGAUUUGAAACCUCAACACACUUACCGGUUUCGCAUCAUGGCCGUUUACUCCAACAACGACAACAAAGAGAGCGUCACCUCAGCCAAGUUCUACCUGCAGCCAGGAGCAGCUCUCGAUCCAAUGCCUGUUCCCGAACUGCUGGAGAUCGAGGAGUACUCAGAGACUGCUGUGGUGCUGCACUGGCGUUUAGCCAGUAAUGCGGAUGAGCAUCUUAUCACAGGAUACUACGCCUACUAUCGCCCAUCAUCUUCGGCAGGAGAAUAUUUCAAGGCUACAAUUGAGGGAGCGCAGGCCAGAAGCUUUAAGAUCACCCCACUGGAGACGGCUACCAUAUACGAGUUCAAGCUGCAAUCCUUCAGUGCAGUGUCAGCCUCCGAGUUUAGUGCUUUAAAGCAAGGGUGGACCCAACGUCCCAAGACCAGUACCACCGAGGAACCCAUCUUACAGAAAGGCGAUCGAGAUCGGGAUACGACCACGCCCAGUCACAACGAGACGUUUAGCAUGAGUCCCAUGCUCACCGGCACUAUUGGCGGCGGAGCAGUGCUCAUUCUGUUACUGGUCAGCACUUGUUUGUGUGUGUGUCGGCGGAGGAGCUCUCGUGUCCGUGGCGGCAGCAGUCAGAACAAGCCACGAAUGGCGAACUUAAGGGAGGAUUUUGUGGCUCUGGGUAGCAGCUGCUCGCCCAGCAAACAGCGGCAGCGGACACGACACAUUCACAUCACUCUUAACCCACUAGCCCAGCAACAGCAGCAGCAGACGCUUGAGGAGAAGAACGACACCGACCAAGACAUGGCGUACUUUCAGUGCCAGUCUAGCUACGACUAUGAUCCUGGCCUGAGGCGGAUGUCCUCAUCCUCGUUGCGCCGUUCUCAACGCACGCUGGAACGUGCUGGGGGAAGCAACGGAUCCAAUAGCGGCAACAACAAUCAUCUUAACCAAUCCGCGGAGGUGGGUCCGGUGGACCUGUCCACAAGCAAGGCAGGACGAGUGCUAAUGAAGCGACCCCGGCUCUCCAGUCGCUCGGAGAACCUUUCCUCCGGCAGUCUCAAUAGCGUUGGCGUGUAAGCGCAAUCUCGUGAUCUUUAGUCUGUACAUCCCUACGUCCGAUGUGUUAUGCUAUUCCUACCUCUACCUCUGUGUUUUAUCAUCUUCCCACUUUAAAUGACGAAAGUACUUAUACGAAUA